CUCAUAUGCUUUUUUUCAGGUGAAGUUGUCUUAAACUGCUAAUUCGACAUUCACAUUAAAUUUAAAUUAUUGUGAGUUUUGGCACAUUCCUCUUGCACUGCAAUGAGCAUAAUAGGAAUUUUAUGCUUUACUUUAUUUGUUGGGUAUGUGAAUGUUGCUGGGAACCCAUUAGCUGCUGACCGAACAACAAAAUCUCUUUACAAUGAAACUGACUUGGUAACAGUAUUGGAUUUGAACAACUUCUAUGAGACCCUGCUGGGCAAGGAUCAUGCCUGGCUUGUGCAGUUCUACAGCUCUUAUUGUGGACACUGCAUUGCUUUUGCCCCUCAAUUCAAAAUUUUUGCCAAGAACAUUUCUGACUGGGAUCACACUGUCAAGCUUGCUGUGUUGAACUGUGCUGAUGAAGCUAACACAGGAUUGUGUCGACAAUACGAAGUAUUUAGCUACCCAACACUAUCAUUCCUACCACGCAAUUUAUCCAAGGGUGAUGUAGGUGUCCAGCUGCAGACGGAGCGCACUGUACCCAGCCUACGGGCAGGGCUUGUUCAGUACCUGGCAGCACAGCAGGCUGCAGGCAAUGGGUCUGCCUCCUGGGUCAAUCUGCAGCCAUUCUCGGGCAGCGAGCAGGAGCUGCUGAGCAGCGCUGGGCUGGACGUGAGCGAUGGCGUGGUGUUCGUAGGAAGGGAAGGAUACGCCCAGCAACUCAUCAUGGAUCUUGGACACUUCCGCAACGACAUAAUUCUGCAAAUGAUGAAGCGUGAUGCGGGCUUCUUGAAGGACAUGGAGUUACCGCCGGAGUCUGCCUUGCCUGUCGUGGUGCUCGUACACAGGACCCAGCAGCCGCGUGUGAUCGAGAAAAACUUCACUUCUCUGCAGGAAAUCAUCGACGAAGUCAUUGAGGCUUUGGGUCUUGAUGUGCAGAAACUGCCUUCCAAAAAACUCCAUGUGGAAGAAAACGCGAUGAGGGAAGGGGAGGCCGGCGUAGGUGCUGGAGUCAACGACGGUCUUGUUAAGCCCUCUUCUGACAAGCCCACUAUCUUCCUGGUGGAUGUCGAAAAUGCAGUGGGCAUCGCCCUGCGUCAGGAGGUCGCCUUGCACCGCAUUAUAUCUGGGGAGCGCCUUGCGGCCUUGAAGAAUUUUCUGUCUGUACUCACAAAGUAUCUUCCUGCUAGACCAAAGGUUCACGCUUUUCUCUCUGACUUGAACAAAAGUAUCGGGGCGUAUGAAAAUUCGAUGACAUAUGACGAAUACUCCGCCGCCAUGCAGAGAGCAGAGCAGCACGGAAUGUUACCUCCACAGCAAGCUUGGAUUGGCUGUAGGGGCAGUCAGCCUCAUCUGAGGGGCUUUCCUUGUGGUCUGUGGACAACUUUUCAUCUUUUGCUUUCUAGCGCCGCAAGCAUCGUUCCUCGAGACCCAACACCUGACCCACUGGAGACGCUGUCAGCCAUCCAUGGCUUUGUGAAGUACUUCUUCUCGUGUUCUGAAUGUUCCCAACAUUUCCAAGAGAUGUACAUUGAGGAUGCAGCCGCAUCAGUCGAGUCUUUGGACGCCGCCGUGCUUUGGCUCUGGAAAGCUCACAAUAAAGUCAAUAAGCGCACGGCGGGCACGCAGUCUGAAGACCCUCUGGUGCCGAAGGUGCAGUACCCGCCUCGCUCAUCGUGCCCCCAAUGCUGGACCCGGCCAGGAUCCAGGGAAUCUUUCAGGCCGUUGCGGGUUCUUCAGUACCUCAAUGCAGUGUAUUCCAAGGACGCUCUGUCUCUCAAGGGCAUUUCCCGAGCUUCGCGCAUGCAAGAUCUGGACAAAGUUUACAUGGGUCAGGGGCAGAGGCGGCGGGGCCAGCGUAGACGACGCCAGCGUAGACGACGUGUGCUGCGCGCCAGGCGGGACUAGCGCUGCAGCCUGAGACGCCGUCGCCGUCACAGGAGCGGGUAGUCGCAUCGAGGCUGCAAGCCUCAAAUUGGUACUUGUUCCGUCGUGUUGUCCGCACUGAAAAAUACUGCAAGAUUCCAGCGUGUUCCGUCGUGUUGUCCGCACUGAAAAAUACUGCAAGAUUCCAGCGUGUUCCGUCGUGUUGUCCGCAUUGAAAUAUACUGCAAGAUUCGAGAAACGGUCUCCUCCAAAGUUUUUGAGGUGGUCGGCCAUCGACGACUAAAGCAGAAGUGGAGGCUGCAAAAUUGUGUUGAAAAUAAGACUGAGUUUUCUGAAUGCUUCAACAAAGGACACCAAUGUUUAAAUGUUCACAUCCGCUCAUUUCUGCAAAUAUAUUACAAAUUUUUUCUUUCGAAGGUUAUAUUGAAUUUUCAUGAACAAAAAAUGGUGAUAAUUGGAAAGGGCUUCAUUAUUUGAGGGCAAUGAUUCAUGUGUCUUGACACCUUAAUCAGGCAUAUGACUGCUCGCUCUUCUUCAUUGCUGCCAGCAGAACUUUUUCCUGAACUUUUCCUGAGGUUUGGGUACUUGGUUGAUUGUGAUUGUCAUGUAAUAAGACAAUCGCAGGUCUGGUCUAAGAACUUUUGUAUCGAACGUUACACGACUCGAACAGUGCAGUCCACUGAUAACGCGACUGAAUCAGCCUCUAAUGAUUGUGUGAAGGUUCUAUCAUCUUAACCUGACUAGGCAGAGCUUCGUACUGGACAAGCAUCUAUAGGUUUUUGUAUUUAGUAUUAUCACUAAUCCUGAAUCAGUUUGUUUCGGGUGAAUUUUCUUCGGGCAUGUUUCCUUCGGGCAUGUUUCCUUCGGGCGAAUUUGCAGUGGCAUUGUGAUUGAGUAGGUUAAAUUCUAUAUUUGGGAUAAAAUUGUCGAAUUUUUUUAACUGUUGACAUCAAAACUGUAGCUAAGAUCCAGAAAAUUUGCUUCACUUCCUGACGUAUAACUUCCUGACGUAUAACUUCCUGACGUAUAACUUCCUGACGUAAACUUGGAGAAAAAUAUCUGAAGUCGCGUAGUUUUUUUUUCGUAAACUUGCCACCUACUCACACCUCAAGUUGUACGAUUACCCUUGAGUGGCCACGUAAAGUCUGCCUGCGUUGAUUAUUCUUAUGAUUAUCAACAGAGAUGACUAGCUUCCUAUUUUUGCUGUUCUAUUUUUUAACUGGAUAUCUGCAUGCAAUAUUUUUUUAUGGGCAUUCUUUUCUUGUGUUUUCAGGGUUUGGUUAUAGGGGCGUUUUUUCUAGUAUAUUAUAAUGCACUAUUUGGAAAAAUACUCCUUGCAUUAUUUUACGCUAUGUGCAACAAUACUCUAUAUGCUAUUAUACACUAUAUGCUACAAUACUCUGUAUACUAUUAUUCAUUAUUUUAUGUACAACAUUAGGUUCUGCUACAUUAUAAUCUAUCCUUAGAUCGCCAGCAUUGUUUUGUGUUACGCUGCCUUGUUUUAUUAUUACUUUGUUUCUAUGGUUUAUUGUGUAUUGAGUUUAUUUUCUGUGUUUUUUGCACAUUUAUAACGUUUUUAGCUGAAAAGCCCAUUAAUAUCUUAUUAUAUAUUUAGUCGAAAUUAAAUGUUUUGUUCUGCAAUGCGCGCCGCGAGAACAUUGUAUGCUUAUAAUAUUAUGCUUUUGUUUCUCUUAGCGAGUAACUUGAUCGCUGAAUGUUGAGAUCCGUUCAGCAAUCGAAAUAUAAUCGAAAUAAUGACCGCUUGCCGAUUAAAAAAUCUUUUGAUGAACUCAUCCUUGGAAAUCACGAGUAUCUAUUUUGUUUUAAUUUUACCGAGAAGAGGAAACCAUUCAUAUUUUGGAUUCUUUACAAAGAAGAAUAUUUGAGACUGAAUAGAGUCGAGUUGUUAAUUGGCUUGUUGUCGUAUGAUAUGCAAUGUUAUUGUUGCCAUACUUGUGAGGUCACAAAAUUCUCAUGUAGCCUGAACUUAAUGCGAAUCAAGAAUUUGUUUUAAUUAUGUUAUCAAGAGUACUGUGGAUUGUUGCUUGGUUUAAUGUUGUUGUUGUGUUAUUGCUUGCUUCAAUAAAAUUUUAUUGAUUC